AACCCUCUAGCGUUGUGGUUGUUGCAUAUAGUGGAGAGCCGCCUGGCUGAGCGCAGUGCUGUUGAAUAUGAGCAGAUGGUAUGGAAGACACUGAAAUUCUAGUGUCCCUGUAGUUUAGCAACUAACAGGAUAACUUUGGGCAUUAUACCAGUAUAAGGAAAUUUCCUGGACAGUCUUUGGAGCUACAUUGUCAUUUGGCACAUGGCAGUUAAUGAAUGCAGCGCGAGCAGCGAUGAACACGGCAGUCUUUAGUACGUUUGAUCAGCUGCGCUUUGAAGAGAGCGGACAGAACGUGGAGAGAACCAGCAGAAGCUUAUUUACAAUGGAAAUAAAGGUGAUUGAUGGACAACAUUCAGAUUUACUGACUAGCCACAAAGUGGAUGGGUGGCACAGGGAAGCUCUCAAACACAACGGAGAAAUGGCAAGUGGUGGGAAGGUGCUACACAAACGCAAGGCCCUGCAGGAUAUGGACUCGACCUACCUGAAAGCAGUGGCUCAUACACACAGGGACAACCCUUCCCCCACCAAGACUGAGAAGAUACUGCUGGCUCUGGGCUCUCGCAUUUGUAUUUUUCAGGUCUCAAACUGGUUUGCGAAUGCGAGACGUAGGCUCAAGAACACAGUUCGACAGCCUGACUUGAGCUGGGCCCUACGCAUAAAACUGUACAACAAAUAUGUACAAGGCAAUGCUGAGAGACUCAGCAUUAGCAGUGAUGACACAACAUCAGACGAUGGGGAGAAUCCUUUACAGAUUCAGGCCAGUGAAUCAGACUAUAACAGGCCCAUGCACAAGAGUGUUAUUCAGGACAGCAGAGGCAAAGGGUUGGGGCGAAGUACAGACCCCUCAAUUUGUGAUGAUUAUGUGUCUCCACCAAAAUACAAGAACAGCUUGCUAAACCGCUAUCUAAAUGAUUCCCUUCGGCAUGUAAUGACCUCUGAAAAUGUUAUGGACUCUCGGAAGAGGAACCACUCUGGAUCGUUUAGCUCCAAUGAGUAUGAGGAUGAUUUUCUCUCUCCAUCAUCAGAAGCUGAGGCAAACUUCACCUACCGUUCAGUGACGUUGGACUGUGGCACAAGCCAAAGCGAGAGCGGUGCUUGUAUAGGUGGCGGAGGAGGAAAUAACGAGACGUACUGGAACGAGCUCCAUGCCGCCAUGGCCCUGACCAACCUGGCCCAAGGGAAGGAGAGCUCAGCGCCAGGCACCACCAGCUGUAUCAUCCAGAAGUCUUCCCAUAUAGCAGAGAUUAAGACUGUCAAAGUGCCCAUACAACCCCGACAUUAGUGGCUAACAGACAGGACAGCGGUCAGUAAUAGGUCAUAAUUGCUAAAAGACUACCUGACUAACAUUUUAGUAUGUACUACAUGCAAUAAUUUUGUUGAAAAUGAUCCACAACAGCUUUUUCUGGGAUGAAAAAUACAUGUUGAUUGACCAACGUGCCUAUUUGUUUUUUAUAAUUUAUUUAUAUUUCUUUUUUUUCCUUUUUUUACCACUGUCUGAUGAAAAAUGACAUAGUAAAGAAAGUUUGAUGUGUGGACGAUCACUACCACUAAACACAGAAGCACAAAAAAAAUCAUUCUGAUUUAUACAUUUCUGAAAUGCAAUUUUAUUAAUUUACAGGUUAAGAUAAAAAAAUACUUUUUGUCAGUGGCUAAAAUGUAAUAUAUUCAUAUAUGUAUUAAAUUUUUCUAAGUUAUGCUAAUUUUAUUUUAUUUUUAAUCGACACAGGAUUAUUGUCAUCCAAUGGCAAUGGCAUAUACAUGUGCAUUCUUGUGUUUAAGUAUGGCAUAUAAAGGAAGUUUCUAUUUCUUUUGUUAUAUUCUAUCUAUGAGUGAAGCAACCAUUUUUUGGAACAAACCUUGGUUUGUUGUUGGAAGCUUUUAAUUUUAUUUGGGUCAUUGCCUGUGAAGAUUAUCAUGCAAAAUACAGUCAGAUGAGAGCAAAUAAAGUUGUGCUUUGAUAAAAUUUGCUCCUCUCAUUCCUUCAAGGUAAAAAAAAAAAAAAUAGAAAAAGUACUUGAGAAAAAUUUAAAAUAAGAAAUAGUCACAUUGUGGGAUGUAUAAUCACACUGUGUUAUAAAGUUACAGUUAUCAGAAAUAAACUUAUUAUAAAGCAUGAUAUAAUGUCGCAAC